CUCACUGGGGAGCCCAGCGGCGGCAGCAGCCUCAAGCCGGAGGGAAGGACUGACUGACGGGACCGCGAGCGAGCGAGCGGACAGACCAACCGACCGACUGACCGCCCGCCCGAGGCGCCUCGAGUUCCGCCAUGAGCUGGGGCACGGAGCUGUGGGAUCAGUUUGAUAAUCUAGACAAGCAUACACAGUGGGGGAUUGACUUCCUGGAAAGAUAUGCAAAAUUUGUUAAAGAGAGGAUAGAAAUUGAACAGAACUAUGCAAAACAGUUGAGGAAUUUGGUUAAGAAAUAUUGCCCUAAGCGUUCAUCCAAAGAUGAAGAGCCUAGGUUUACCUCCUGUAUAGCCUUUUUUAACAUUCUUAAUGAGUUAAAUGACUAUGCUGGACAACGAGAAGUAGUAGCAGAAGAAAUGGGACACAGAGUAUAUGGUGAAUUAAUGAGAUAUUCCCAUGAUCUGAAAACAGAAAGAAAAAUGCAUCUCCAAGAAGGACGAAAAGCUCAGCAAUAUCUUGACAUGUGCUGGAAACAGAUGGAUAAUAGUAAAAAGAAGUUUGAGAGGGAGUGCAGAGAGGCAGAAAAAGCUCAGCAGAGCUAUGAAAGAUUGGACAACGACACCAAUGCAACUAAGGCUGAUGUGGAAAAGGCUAAACAGCAGCUGAAUCUUCGGACACAUAUGGCUGAUGAAAAUAAAAAUGAAUAUGCUGCACAACUUCAGAACUUUAAUGGAGAACAGCACAAACAUUUUUACAUAGUCAUUCCUCAGAUUUAUAAGCAUCUUCAGGAAAUGGAUGAACGAAGAACCAUCAAACUCAGUGAAUGUUAUAAAGGAUUUGCAGAUUCAGAACGUAAAGUUGUUCCAAUCAUCUCAAAGUGCUUGGAAGGAAUGAUUCAUGCUGCAAAGUCAGUUGAUGAAAGAAGAGACUCGCAAAUGGUGGUCGACUCCUUCAAGUCUGGAUUUGAACCUCCAGGAGAUUUUCCUUUUGAAGAUUAUAGUCAGCAUAUUUAUAGGACCGUUUCUGAUGGUACUAUCAGUGCCUCUAAGCAGGACAGUGGGAAGAUUGACGCCAAAACUACUGUAGGAAAGGCCAAGGGCAAGUUGUGGCUUUUUGGAAAGAAACCAAAGGGUCCAGCGGUAGAAGAUUUCAGUCAUCUACCCCCGGAACAGAGACGUAAAAAACUGCAGCAGCGGAUUGAUGAACUUAACAGAGAACUACAAAAAGAAUCAGACCAAAAAGAUGCACUCAACAAAAUGAAAGAUGUGUAUGAGAAAAAUCCACAAAUGGGGGAUCCAUGCAGUUUGCAGCCCAAACUAGCUGAGACAAUGAAUAACAUUGACCGACUGCGUAUGGAAAUACAUAAGAAUGAGGCCUGGCUUUCUGAAGUUGAAGGUAAAACAGGUGGGAGAGGAGACAGAAGACACAGCAGUGACAUAAAUCAUCUGGUAACACAAGGAAGAGAAAGCCCUGAAGGAAGUUAUACAGAUGAUGCAAACCAGGAAGUCCGAGGACCACCACAGCAGCAUAGUCACCCUAAUGAGUUCGAUGAUGAAUUUGAAGAUGAUGAUCCCUUACCUGCUAUUGGACAUUGUAAAGCUAUUUAUCCUUUUGAUGGGCACAAUGAAGGCACUCUGGCAAUGAAAGAAGGUGAAGUCCUCUACAUUAUUGAAGAGGACAAAGGAGAUGGAUGGACAAGAGCCCGGAGGCAGAAUGGAGAAGAAGGCUAUGUGCCAACAUCUUACAUAGAUGUGACUCUAGAGAAAAACAGUAAAGGUGCAGUAACUUAUAUCUAAACUCUAACCAAGCAGCUUCAUACUGUACGUUCCCCAGGAAAGAGAACUCUACAUACACAUUCAAUGGGAUGAAAAAUGUUAGGAAACAAUCCAUAAAGGGCAUCUAAGGUUUAUUGUUCACCAUGUGAGCUUAGCUCAGGCUUAAUGCUUAAUUAAGAGUUGUGAAUAUCAUGGAAGGAAAAUGUUCUUUUUAUGUUUCUUUUCUAAUUUGAGCAAAAUGCAUUGGGGUUUAAUCACUGCUGUUGGCCUUAUGUCCUGCAUCAAUCCACUUGAAAGAUUUGUGGUUUUCUGCUUGACAAACCAGACCAUCUUAUCCACUGAGAAAGUUGCUGUAGACUUAAAGCUUUUUAUUCUCCUUGCUUCAGAAAACAGGAGAAAAUAACACUACCUGGAAAUUCUGAAAAGCAAAUUCAUAAAACUAGUAAUAAUCCCUUUUUAGCAAUAUAAGUUAAAGUGACAGUCCCCAGAAAGAAAGUUCACUAAAAACUGAUGAACUUGGCCAAAGAAAAAUGCUCGUUUUCCCCUUUGUUUUCUAAACAUUUUGUAGCAUUAAUCUUCCAAAGAUGAAAAUAUGUUGUUUUAAAGAAAAAAAAAACAUACUGCCUACAUGGGUAGUAUUUUAAAAAUUUUGCAAAGUAAUCUGACCUAGUCACUCUGUGUAUUUGUACAUUGUGUGUUUGCUGACCAGGAAUUCUGGAUUUCUAGUAAUUUUCAAUAUUGUAUAUAUUCUAAGUUCAUCUUAUCCUUGCAUUGCUCAUCUUGAAAAUACUUUUUGGAGAGUAUUUCUUUUUAUGGGUUAACAUCUAAGAGCCCAUAAAUAGUAAGAAACAGGUUUCAAAUAAGUUGGAAUUGGAAUUUUUCUAAAUCAAAUGUAGUUAGUACUUUGUUUUAAAAACAAAAAAUGACAAAAAGAAAAAAAAACAAAAACAAUGCUCUGCUGAUUGGAUUCUGACUUAAUCGCAGUAAUUAUAUAGUUAUGGUCCCUGAAUAAGGCAUCCCUUAUGAGUAAGAAAGCAUGUUUUCUCAGUUCAGGUCAAACAAAUAUUUAUCAGAAGCACCAGUUCCUUCUGCUGCUUUUCAUCAGUAAGGAAAACUCUUUGGAUGGAGUUAGGCCUUUGCAAAAUGAAUGGAGUAAGGCAGCUGGGAAAGGCAUCGUGCCAUAGUCCACAUGGAGCAAAACUCACAAAAGACCUCCAUCUGUGGGACUUGCUAGGGGACGUUUGGGAGAGGCGCUUAACUGAACACCUCCUUCUGUCUUUCCAAAGGUCUUCAGUAAUUAUGUUCUUUUCUUUUUCCUCCUGGACUGCAGGUUCCUGAAGAGGGUUUCUGAGAAAAUGGGCGAGAUGUGGAAGGAGGUUACAUGCAGCUGCUCUGGGGGGGAGGGUAGUAGAGUUGGUAGGCUUAAAGAGAAAGAGAGAAAAAAGACAGAUUGCAUGAGUGCAUGCAGGCAUACAUUAUUAUUUUUCACUAACCUCAUUUCCAUGCGUUGUUUUUUUAAAAAUCAUGAUAUUACAAAUCCUCACAGUUCUGCUUCAGAAUUCACUAUUAGAAAAAGGCCAAAACAACCUUAUCCACCUUUUUCCAUUUGUUUCACUCUCUUUGUUAAAGUCAGAAAAACUGCAGUGAUGAUUUCCCAUUUGUUUCACUUGUUACAGUUGUCCCAGUAGGACUGUCUUCAUCCAGGCCUUGUUUUAAUUGGCUGUUUGUUAGAUCCAUGCUGUUUGUCAGUGUCUGCCUGUUCCGCCUCCAGGCUCGCCUAACAUCCCAUUGCAUGUCUAGAAUGACUAGACUAGAUUUGUGUCAGGCAUGUCUUUAUAACCUCUUGUUUCAAUGCUUGUGUUUUGUUCUACAUUUGUAAUGGAAACCACUCUUUUGUGAAACCUCUCCAGCACUAAUGUUUUCAUCCCAGUGUUCAUGUAUGCUGCUAUAACGUUCCCAUUCAUCGUCAUAUUCCAGUUUUGGCAUUAUGAAGAAGUGGUCUAUGGACCCUAAGUAUUUUUGGUGAUUAGAAAAAAAAAACAAAACAUCUCUGCUCUAGCCUACAACACAGUCAAAAGAACUCUUUGAAAUGUGAUACGUCUCCAACACCUCAUUUUGAGAAGAACCUUUAGUGAGCACUGAAAUCCUGGCAAAGUAACACAGAAGAUACUCACCAUCGCAAGACAAAUGACUGUUUUCAAAAGUCAGCUGCUUGCUAUUCAAAUACUGCCUUAAACUAGAGUGCCUAAAUCUGUUGAUUGCCAACACUACCACUACAGUAUCCCACAAAGGGCUUUAUGUAUUGGCUUGGUAUGACCUCCUUUAACUCUCGCCGGUGCUGCUGCAGCCGCAGAAGGAGCCGUGGUAGGUGUCUUCUAGAGCGCUUCUACCUAUGAUGGUGCAUCUCUUCACAUUUGUGCAUCAGAACUAAGGACAUGUAUCUGUCCAUUUUACUUUACUAAAUGUUUUUAAUAGAAUUCAUAUGGAAAUCUCCCCCUUUGUCUUUUAAUUUGGGGUAAUGAAGCUACCACUUAAUUACUAUAAUGAUAGUCUGUUCUCAAGUGAUGCUUUUAUUUUGAACCAGUUUAAAUUUGAGUGGACUUUUGUAAUGAUUUAUGUGCACUUUUACUUGUAAAAUGGCUAUUUCAAUAUGUUUAUAUGUGUAAAUAGAGUUGUCUGCAGUGCCCCUAUUGCUUAUGUUGUCUUGCCUCCCAUUUGUGAUUCUGUUAAUGACUUACAUCAUACCUGAUUUGCUAGAGUAAUAGUGAGGUAAGGGAAGGGAAAUACUUGUACCACUCAUGCUUCAUUAACUCAGUUCUUUGGUGUUUGAGGGAGAAAGAGAAUGUGAAAUGAUCUGUGUUUCAUUGCAUUUUAAACAAUAUUUUAGAAGCCUUGUGACUCCUUUUAAAAGACUUUUAUUUCCAGUGUUAUUUGACUUGUACUACCAGUAAAACUAAAGCUGAGUGACUUUUGUGUGGAAGUUGAUUCCUUUAUUAAAAUGAAUAUGCCACUAUUACACAACUGACCAUGUAUUACCUUUGGGGCUAUGAAGCUAUCAAGUUUAGAUUUUGGAUAUUGUAUACAGGGUUAUUUAUAUUAUUGUGACAUUACUCAAUAGUGACAAACUACACAAUGUAGUUUUUAAAAUCUAGUGCUUUUUCAUUUUAAAGGUUAGCAGUGGGAAGGAAAUGUGAUCUGGCUGUUUGUCUUUUGUAUGAGGCCUGGAGUUCUUGUGUUUGCCUGGCUAGCAGCCAACAGGUCAAAGUUUAAGGCUUCCUUGUAAGGACUAACUGUUCUUUUCAAGCUACUGUUUGUUUUUCUAAAAGCAGGAUUUGCUUCCUUUGGGGACAAGUCCCUUUGUGUGGGAUAGUGCAACCUGUACAUGGGGUAUUACAUAUAGGAAAGACAUUUGUACUUGCACAGCUAGUUAAUCAUUCUGAAAAUUGGAACAUGUGAAUUGUCUCAAAUCUUCGAUUUUUUCAGUAAUUUUUACUCCUUUUGUGCACAUGUUGAUUUCUUAAUGGUAAAUGCUUUGUUUGAAAUAGUGUUCUCUGUUGAGAAUAUUUUCAUGGAAUAAACAAUCUUUUCAUGGUCAGUCA